GUCUCCUCACGGGCUCCCCGCUGCCUCCGGCCCCGACGUCCCGCUCAGCCUCGGUGCCCGCGGCAGCUCCGGCCGGGGCUGCAGCUGCUGCUCGGCCACAGCGGGAGCGGCCACAGCGGCACCUCCGGGGCACUCGGCAGUGAGGGGGUCCCUGGGCUGUAUCUGGGAGGAGAAGGGAGGAAAUGAGGAGCGGGAAGGGCCGGGUGUCACUAAGGGAAUGCCAUCGCAUCCCACAGGGAACACGGCGAGAGGAGGGUGCUGAACGGUACUGUGAUUCCUGCUGAUCAGCCUGGCUUCAGGCACUUCUGCCAGGGAAAAAGCACAGUAUGAGAGAAACGUGCCUAGAGUUGCACCCGGGAAGGCUUAAUUCGAAUGGCUUCUUGUCCAAAAAGUGUUGUCACACAUUGGGACAGACUGCCCUGGACUUUGGUGGUGUCACCAUUCCUAGAGGGAUUUCAAAAAGGAGCAAAAAUGGUACUUGGGACAUGAAAUAGUGGUAGGAUUGGUAGUUUUGGGUUAACGUUUGGAUUUGAUGACCUGAGAGGUUUCUGCAGGCCUCCCUCUGUGUUCCCUUCACUUGGGGAUUCAGGGCCCCAUCACUUCCACACGCACGGGCACCCACCAACACGCAGGAACAGCCACCGCCACGCAGGCACAGGCAGAGACACGCACACCCCGGUGAACAUUGCUGGCCUUUAUUGGCAUCCGCAGCCCCGCGCCGCGGCCGCGCUCUGCGCGCUCCUCGCGCCGUGCGAGGCCGAGCCCCGCGCUCGGCUCAGCGCCGGCGGCGGCGUCUGCGGCUGGAGCGGCGGCGCCGGCGGUACGCGGAGCGGCGGGAGGCCCGGCGCGUCUUACGCACGCCCCGGCGGCGGGAGCGGCGGCGCCGGCUGCGGCUGCGGCUGCGGCUGCGGCUCCUGCGGGAGCGCCGGCGGUAGCGGGCCAUGCUGCCGCGGGGGCGGGGGGCGUUGCGCCCGCUUUUAUAGCGGAGCGGGGCAGCGAGGGAGCGGCAUCAGCCGUGAGGUCACAAUGCUUCCAGGGGAGCCCUUGUGGGGACAGACACGCCGUCACCGGUGAGGUCACAGUGGCCACCUGGGCAUGCCCUGAUACUCUUCAAACUUCUCUGGUUUGGACACACACAUCCCACAGUUUCAGUGUGAGAAUUCUUUAGAUCUUUAUGAACGUUGAGGCAUCUUGGGAACCCGGAAAUCUUCUCGGGGAGCAGCAGCAGGAGUACCCGACGCGAGGGAGAGGAUUACAAGGAUCUGGGUUUCAGAAUACAGGAAGAUAAAACAGGUGGGGAACGCCUCCGGCCAGUGGGUCAGGUGGUCUACUAUUACUAGCUCUCUCUUGCAAUGGCCACUGUCGUGGGGACAGGACAUUUUCAUGCUCAUUAUCCCAAUCGUGGUUUCUGUUCCCUGUCCUCAGUUUGUUUUGUCUUCCUUCCCCCCCCCCAGCUGGCUGCUGGCUUGCUGCUUAGCUGGCUUGCUGCUUUUGCUUGCUGCUGGCUGCAUGCUUUGCUGGCUCUGCUUUCCUCUCUUUUUUUCUCUGCUUUUCGCUGGCUUGCUUUUUUGCCAAUUUUUUUCCUUUUUCCCGGUUUCCGUUGUUCCCUUCCCCCCCCCCCCCCGAAGACAUCGGACCUACUCCGGGCAGGAGCUCCCCGGGGUCUGCGAAAGAAGCUCCGUACCCUCUGCGGCGAAGAGAGAUACAGCUCAACCCCCUUGGACUGGUGAAAACAUCUGUGGUCAUCUUGGGCUAUUUCUCUUGUGCUGGGGAGUGUUUUUUGUUGUGCCUUAAUAAACAAGUUUUUUCCACUUCCCCUCUGAAGGAAUUCCUCCCGAACCCGGUGGUGGGGGGGAGGUUGCGGAGGGUUUGUUUUCCUAUAAGGGGCUCCUUUGGAGGUGUUUUCCCCUAAUUUGUCCUAAACCAGGACAAAUAAUUUGGUGGCCCGUACGGGGAGGCCCAGACAAAGUGGAAAAAACUUUAUUCUAAUAAUAUUUUUGGCUUUAACCGUUCUGCGGGAAUAUUGGUAUGUCUCUUUUUAAAGUUAUGAUGUCAUUUGGAGUGAAAGCCUGCCUCUAUUUGUGGUCAUUAGGGUUCUUCGAAGUUUUGAUUGCUUUAUGGUCCCUGGAGUUAUUUUCUUAUCCAGAAGUAGCUCCGGUAUUGUCCCUAAUACGUAGCUUUUGUAGCAGAGGGGCACUAACGAGAAUAUUUAUCGGGCUGGGCUUGGCUGUAAUACUUUGCAAGGGGCUUAUAAAAAUGUUGUUAUCGGCUCCAGGAAUGUAUAACUCGUGGUUGUGGCUGUGUACUAAAUUUGUUAUGGGGGAGGAGGUUUUUCAGCCUUUGCUUUCCUUUUCCUCCUCCGAAUUGUUUACAUCUCUAUUAGGAAAUGUCCUGUCCUCCCUGACUGCCAAGGAUACCAUCUUUCUGUUAUUUAAUUUAAUAACCUUUCUCUAUACUGUCCGCAGUUUAUAUAAGAUGAAGGCUGAGAUUUCUAGAGGGGCUGGUGAGACCUCUGAUUUAGGAGUACAACCAAGGGUGAAAAAUCCUGAGUGGUGCGGGAAAUGGGAGGAUAUGGGCAAAAUUUUAAAGGAGUUUUCUGAUCCUGUAGUUUGGGACUUUCCAUCCGAACACAUCCAGAACCCAGCUGAGGUGGCGAAGUAUCUGAAAGGGAAAUGCCAGGAUAACCUCAAGGAGAAAAGGAUCAUUGCAGUGAGCUGGGCCCUGGCAUAUGCUUAUUGUACUCUGCUCGAUACUGUAGGGCAGCAGACAGAGGAAGGGGGGCAGGGAGAUAAACCAGCAGCAAUCCCAGUCACUCAGGCUGCAGCCAACAGCCCAGGUUCGAACCCAGUAGUUAAACCAGACUGUAAGCCUCAACCAAUGGCCGUGGCUACUAGCACACGAAGUGGAAAGUGCACAGAGAAGACUGAUCGACCCGUGGAUGACAAUGAUGAGUACGAUGCAGGAGAAGGACCCUCAACACCUCCUGACAUAAAAUCAGGAGUCAAAGCAAGUGGCACAAGAUCAGAGGCUAAUAUUGAUUCCUUCUCCCUGAAGGACCUCCGAGGCCUAAGGAAGGAUUAUCGGCGACAGCCCGACGAAUCUAUAAUUAGUUGGCUGGUCCGCCUUUGGGAUGCGGCAGGGGAGGCUACCAUUCUGGAUGGCACUGAAGCGAGGCAUUUGGGGUCCCUGUCACAUGAUCCUGUCAUCGACCAAGGCAUGAUGAGGGGGGCUAGCCCUCAAAGCCUCUGGGAACAGGUCCUGGACAGCGUAGCACAAAGAUAUCUGUGUGCCAAUGACCUCUAUGUCCAGCAGACACGAUGGAAGACCAUAGAACAGGGGAUCCAGCGCCUGAGGGAGAUGGCAGUGGUGGAGAUCAUUUUUUCAGAAGACGUAACAAUUAGGAAUCCGGACCUUGUACCAUGCACACCUGUAAUGUGGCGGAAACUGGUGCGACUUGGGCCACCUGAAUACGCUUCUGCUCUACCAAUAAUGAAGCGGGAGGAGGUAUAUGAGACUGUGCUUGAUAUGGCAAAGAAGCUUCGGGCAUAUGCGGAUGCUGUACAUGGCCCGACCCAUGCCAGAAUUGCAGCUGUGGAGACACGACUGCAGGAAUUAGAAGGAAAAAUAGAGGAAAGCCGCAAGAAACUCAGGGAAGAGAUUAAGGAGGACCUCCUCCAAAUCUCAGCUGUGCAAAUUAGAGGCCCUGGCACCCAACGCAGACGUUCCUUUGUUGGGGAGAGAAGGUACACCCCACGAGCUGAGUUGUGGUUCUUCUUGUGUGAGUCUGGAGAAAACAUGAGGAAAUGGGAUAGGAAGCCUACUGCUGUUCUGGCACAACGAAUUGAAUUGAAGGAAGGUAAGAAAAGGAAAGCAGCCCCAGUUGCCCGUAGCCGAACAGCCAGGUAUGAUGAUGACAUGUCUGACCCCCUUGAGGGAACCUCCAAGACAUAUGCCCAAGGAAAGAAGGAUAACCAGGCAUAGAGGGG